CGCCCUGGCAGUGGCGCGGCGGGCAUGGCAGAGAUGAGGCCGGGAACAGCGACGGGGCAGCAGCUCAACGCGCUGCCCGAUCACUCGCCGCUGCUGCAGCCGGGCUUGCAGGAGCUGCGGCGCCGGGCCCGGGAGGCGGGAGCCCCGUUCUCGGAUUUGCCCUUCCCCGACGCCUUCCUGCUGCGGUUCCUACGCGCUCGGGAUUUCGAUCUGGACUUGGCCUGGCGGUUACUAAAAAACUAUUAUAAAUGGAGAGCAGAGUGUCCAGAAAUAAGUGCGGAUCUGCACCCCAGAAGUAUUCUUGGCCUUCUGAACGCUGGCUACCAUGGAGUUCUGAGAUCAAGGGACCUCACAGGCAGUAAAGUUCUUAUUUAUCGAAUUGCCUGCUGGGACCCAAAAGUUUUUACAGCUUAUGAUGUAUUUCGUGUAAGUCUAAUCACAUCGGAGCUUAUUGUUCAGGAGCCAGAAACUCAGCGGAAUGGAGUCAAGGUUAUAUUUGAUCUGGAAGGCUGGCAGAUUUCUCAUGCUUUACAAAUUGCCCCAUCUGUAGCCAAGAAGAUUGCUGCUGUACUUACAGAUUCCUUUCCACUGAAAGUUCGUGGCAUACAUUUUAUAAAUGAGCCAGUAAUUUUUCAUGCUGUCUUUUCCAUGAUUAAACCAUUUCUGACCGAAAAAAUUAAGGAACGGAUUCAUAUGCAUGGGAACAAUUACAAGCAAAGUUUACUUCAGCAUUUCCCCAAAAUUCUUCCUCUCGAAUAUGGUGGUGAGGAAUUCUCCAUGGAGGACAUUUGUCAGGAGUGGACAAAUUUUAUCAUGAAGUCCGAAGAAUAUCUCAGCAGCAUUUCUGAGACCAUUUAGAGAGAAGUUCUUUCCUGUGAAUGAAUGUCCAAACUGAAAAUUCACGAGUGAGAUUCAAUCUGGUCUCAUAAAUGAAAGAACAAUCCUCUAAACUAAUUCAUGUUUGUCUGAUCUUUAACAAAGUAAAGAAGAAAUCUCUUGCAUAAGCCAUAUGGGUAUUUGGGAAAACAUUUUACUUUUUAAAUAUAUAUUUUUCUGCUUUUGAAGUAAUUGAAUGCUAGUGUACCUUAAAAGCAUAAAAGAGAUGGUGGAUCUUCAAACUUGGAGAAGUAACUUAAUUAUUUCUAAAGGCUGUUAUAUGUAUCUUUAUGUAUUGUUGAAUAUCUUUUUGUAAGUUUCUGUUUUUGUAUGUAUGUUUUUGAAAGUUUAAUUUUAAACAAGUUUUCUGAUUUCAUUAUUUAGUAAUUAAUUUGUAAAUCAGUCCACUGAAAAGACAUGCCCACAUUAGCAACUCAUGAUAGAAGAAUUAUUAACACUCAUUUGGGGUGGGUAUUUUAAUUCAGAUUGAAAUCUAAAUAAAGUUUUACAGUUUUUUCUUUGGACCAGCAAGAUAAUUCAUCUCAGGGAAAUUCUUGUAGCACAUUUGCACAAUAAACCUAUUUGAUCAAAGAGCACAUAUGCUAUAGUACUAUAAACAGCAUCUGAAUGUCUUUAUGAAAUUUGUCAUGCUAAUAUAAUUGAUUAAAACUUAAGAAAAUAUUUCAGGCACAGUUGAUGGCUUCUCAAUACUGUUUUACAUUUUUCAAACAAAUCAAGAAUGCAAUUUCUUUUUGUGGUUAUUAUAAUUAUCAGGCUUGUAUAGACAUUUAGAGAAAGAAUAAUAUUUAUUUAUCUUAUAAAUGGAGUAUUUUUAGUUGAAGGAUUAAUAGAACUACAUAAAGGAAAGGACAUACUUCCAUUUUCUAAAUCAUUACCAAUUACGUCUGGUAUUUUUCAGAGUAUUCAUAAAAUAAUUUAGGUUUUUAAUUAGAAUAUUCAAACUGACCUUUGCAAUCUUAUUUACU